AUGUCUUCCAUCGGCCUUCGACUCGCCUCUGCUGCAAGCUCCUCAAGAGCGACUCGGCUGGCCCCUACAAGGCUGUCGCAGACGUGCAAGGCUUGGUCCACCUCGGCGAGAAAGAUUCACACUCGGAAACCAUUGCCGUAUAACAUAGAGGAUGGGAUGGGCGAAUUCCUGACACCUCAGGGCUUGAAGAUGGUGGCAGUCGACUACCAGCAGGGACUUCUCGAUAGACUGAACGAGCAGGUAGAGGGCACCAACGAGGAGAACACAAGUGUGGCGCAAGUGAUCAUCAACACGUCGGCUGACGCGACGAAAACGCUAGCAUUCAACUAUGCCAGCCAAGCCCUGAACAACAGCUUCUUCCUGCACGGUCUGAAACCACCUCCAUCGGACGCGCCAAACCACGAGGACAAGCUUGACUACCACCUGCUCAGCUUCCUCAAGCCUCAGUUCGGGUCCCUCGAGCAGCUCAAGUCGGUCGUCUCCUCCGCUGCACUCGGCAUGAUCUCUUCAGGAUGGGUGUGGUAUGUCAUGGACAAGAGAGGAAACACUGGGGUCCUCGCAACGUUCGGCGCCGGGACCCUCUUGGUAUCAUCGCGAACGCAGAUGUUUGACCCCAGCCGUCUCGACGCCGGCGGUGCAUACCAGCUCGGCCGGCCGCCUCCUGCGAGCGACAGCGCCGGCCCCAAGAUGAGCUCGAGCCCUUCGUCACCCCUCUCUGGUGUUCCUCCCACUUCGCCCACGUCUGGGGUCUCGCACCCAGUCGCCCCUCUGCAUCCCUCUACUUCCGCCCGCGCGUUGCACACUUCCGUCUUCCGGGCGGCCGAGGCCGCGGCUCCUACAUCCAUCUGGAGCAACGCCCAGCGCAUGACGGGCAACUCCGCGCUCAUGAACGACUUGACAGACGUGCGCGAGACGAAGUUUGAGCAGCUCGGCGAGGUUCUGUACCCGCUAUUCUGUGUGUCCGUUCAGGAGCAUGCGUGGAUCGGGUCUGGGUAUGGCGUUUGGGGCAAGGAGGAGUACCUGAAACGGUUCUGGACUUGUUUGGACUGGAAGGUCGUGAGCGAAAGCUUUACGAAAUUCUGCUCGGUCAAACCCAGGAAAUAG